AUGAUUUCACGAAGUGCGAAUAAAUUGGGUGCCCAAAGAGGACUUCAUUCCUCGCUGAGGAAUCCAGAUUUUAUGUCUUGGUUCAAGCGCCGGCAAAAUGCUAAACCUGCAGAACCAACUAAAGACACGAAGCAGGUCAUUGAGGAAAUUGAGUCCGGCGAAAAUGCUUCAGCAGCCUCCAAAAAUAAAAUGAGGCUUACGGAGGACUCCUUUAUCGGGCAAGAACUGGGCGCUAUAAACAAGGCCGAGCGCCAAGCAGCCGUACAGCAUAUUCCUUUUAAUAAAUGGCUCUCGUCUACGAAAGUCGCAUCUGCGAAGACGCUGGACGAUUCGCUGUUGCAAGCGUACAAUAGCACUAUUGGCAAAAUCAGCAUUUCGAGUGUUGAAGACGAGAGUCUCGCAUUGCCAUUCCGCGACCUCAUCGGCAAGUUCCACUUCACGAAGGCGCUGCAAGCUGCUACCGGAGUUCUAGUACCUGAUUACCAACUAACACGGCUGCAAUCGCCUUUGGAAUUUCGUGACUUCUACCUCAAAGAAGUCGUUAGUGGGAAGCUGGCCAAGUUCAAGGAAUCAGAGCCUAAUGCCAUUGAUCUUGACGACACUUCAUAUACCGCCAAGAGCAUCCAAGUUGUUAAAUCAGUGACACCAAAAGACCAAAGGAGGAGGUUAUCGAAAAUACUGCUGGAAGUGGAAUCUCUAGAACGUGAGAAUGCCAGACUGGCGUUGGAAAAAGCCAGACAAGCUGCUUAG